AUGGCGCCGUCGCGAGCCAGACCACCGCCGCCGGCCGGCAACAACAUCGUCCUCUGCGCCUUAUGCCUCCUGCUGGGCCUCAUCGGCGGUUUCACCUUCGGCCACGUGCACGGCCUGCACGGCUGCGCCGCCGCCGAGGCGCCCCUGGCGAGCCGGCUGCGGGCGGCGGCGGCGCCCUGCGACGGCCCCUUGGCCUGCGGCGGCGUGCUGCGGGAGGCGAACGAGACGCGGCGCGCGUUGGACGCCGCCAUGGCGCGGCUCGGCGCCGUCGAGGCCAAGGCGGAGGCCGCGGAGGCGCGCCACUCGCUCAAGGCCGGCGGUUGCCCGCCGUGCGAGGGCUCCGCGGAGGAGCAGAUCGCGCACGCCGAGGAGCUCGAGGCGGAGAUCGCGGACCUGCACGCCGCGGCGGCGCGGGCCCAGGAGGGCGGCGCGUCGACGAUGAGCCUGCAGUCGACGCAGUGGAAGACGGCGCGCGCCUUCGACCGCAAGGAGCUCUGGGACCGGACGCUCACGGGCUUCCCCUACGUCAUGGGCGCGACGCUGAGCCGCGGGGGGCUGCUCUUCACGAAGAAGAACAACAACGGCAGCCUCGACGGCGCGCUGAAGACCUGCAAGGAGGUCGACGUCGUCGUCGCGUCGAGUUCCCCCGACGUGUGCCUCGCGGUCUUCGAUUCAAGGCUGCCCAUCUACACGAUGAUGCGCCUCGACAAGGCCGGCGGCACGUUACUGGAGGCGGAGCGCAAGAAGCAAUCUCCGAAGCUCCACCAGCAUCCCGGCGCCGCCGCGUACGCGCCCGAGCGGCUCGCGUCGCGCGCGCUCGUGCUGAGCCAGGCGGACACGCUGCCCAAGAUGUACAGCAUCAAGGAGGCGCUCGCGACGACGGCGGCGUUCGCCGGGAACGUGCCCGGCCUGCUCCAGAAGGUGCGCGGUCUGAUCAAAUCGCGGAAGAUCGCGGCGAGGCACGACACCGUCGUGGUGAUGGCGACGAAUUUGGGAACGCUGGACCUCGUGGCGAACUUCGUGUGCUCCGUCGCGUCCGUGCCGGAGCUCGAGCCGACGCUCGCGUCCGUCCUGGUGUUCGCCUCCGACGGCGGCACGCGCGACGCCGUCGAGAAGCUGGGCAUCGCGGCGUUCUCCGACCCGGCGCUCGGGGACCUGCCGAGCGACGCGGCCAAGGUCUACGGGGACCGGUCCUUCGUGCGCAUGAUGUGGCUCAAGGUGACGUCCGUCUACCUCGUGCUGAGCCUCCAGCACAACGUCCUGUUCCAGGACGCGGACGUCGUCUGGUUCCGCGACCCGCUGCCGUACUUUGCCGAGAUCGCGGACGACCAGGUCGACACGUUCUGGAUGGACGACGGCGCUAGGAGCUCGCGCUACACGCCCUGGUACGCCAACAGCGGCUUCUACUUCCUGCGGGCCAACGAGCGCGUCGUCUUCUUCAUGCACCGGCUCCUCAUGUCCUACGACGUGAUUUUGGCGGUGCGGUCGCACCAGCACGCGCUCAUCAUGCUCCUGACGGACCUCAUGGCGAAGCACGGGCUGACGGCCCAGCUCCUGCCGAACACGGACUUCCCCCAGGGCCAGGUCUUCCACCACAAGAAGGAGAUCAUGAAGGACUUCGUCGCGGGGCGGCGGAAGCCCUACGUCUUCCACAUGUGCUGGACCGCGUCGCGCGUCGACAAGCUCCGCUACCUGAAGAACAUCGCCCUCUGGUUCCUCGACCCGAGCUGCCCGGAGGACUCCUGGGCCAACGCGUCGCGCCUCGACGGCCACCACGACCGGUCCUGCUGCCUCGCGGGCGCCAAGGCCUGGACCGUGCCGACGCCCUACGCGAACGAAAUCAAACUCGCGUCGAAGUGA